GCCGCGCGGAGUGCGGAAGUAGCCGCGCGGCGGGCCACUCGGGCCAUGGAUGCUUCGUGCCCCGCGGCCGUGGGGCCGUCGCGCGCCUUCAAGGAGGAGCUGCUGUGCGCCGUGUGCUACGAUCCCUUCCGCGACGCCGUGACGCUGCGCUGCGGCCACAACUUCUGCCGCGGCUGCGUGAGCCGCUGCUGGGAGGCGCAGGCGGCGCCCGCGUGCCCCGUGUGCCAGGAGCGCGCGCUGCCCGGCGCCCUGCGCACCAACCACACGCUCAACAACCUGGUGGAGCAGCUGCGGCGCGACGAGGCCCAGGGCGGCCGCCCCGCGCGCCUCUGCCGCUCGCACCGCGCCCCGCUCGGCCUCUUCUGCCUGGACGAGCAGGAGCUGCUGUGCUGCGCGUGCCAGGGCGAGCCUCGCCACCAGGGCCACCGCGUGCAGCCCGUCGGGGACACGGCGCUGGACUUCCGGGCCCGGUGCCGGAACAUGGAGCACGCGCUGCGGGAGAAAGCCAAGGCCUUCUGGGCUGUGCGGCGCUCCUACGAGGCCAUCGCCAAGCACAACCAGGGGGAGCGCGCGUGGCUCGAGGGCCGCAUCCGGCGGGAGUUCGAGAAGCUGCGGGAGUUCCUGGAGGCUGAGGAGCAGGCCGUGCUGGACGCUGUGGCCGAGGAGGCGCGCCAGAAGCAGGGCCUGGCCGAGGAGAGGAUGAAGCGGCUGGCCGAGGACGCGGAGGCGCUGACCCACGAGAUGGAGCGGCUGCAGAAGGAGCUGAAGGAGGACGACGUCUCCUUCCUCAUGAAACACAAGAGCCGGAAGCGCCGCCUCUUCUGCACCAUGGAGCCCGAGCCUGUGCAGGCUGGCCUGCUGCUGGACGUUUGCAAGCACCUGGACUCGCUGCCGUACCGGGUCUGGAGGAAGAUGAUGGCAUCUGUGGAGUCCGUGCCCUUCAGCUUGGAUCCCAACACCGCGGCCGGCUGGCUGUCCGUGUCCGAGGACCUCACCAGCGUCUCUAACCAGGGCUACCGCGUGCAGGUGGAGAACCCGGAGCGCUUCGCGUCGGCGCCCUGCCUGCUGGGCUCGCGCACCUUCUCUCGGGGCUCGCACAUCUGGGAGGUGGACCUGGGGGGGCUGCCCAGCUGGCGCGUGGGCGUGGCGCGAGUCCGCGCUGAUGCCGGCCCCGAGGGCCACACGCACAGCUGCUACCAUGACGCCCGCGCCGGCUUCUGGUACCUGAGCCGCACGCAGGGCGUGGGCGGCGACCACUGUGUCACGUCGGACCCCACCGCCUCGCCGCUGGGGCCCGGUCUGCCACGCCGGCUGCGCGUGGAGCUGGACUGCGACGGCGGGGAGCUGUCCUUCUACGACGCCGAGCGCCGCUGCCACCUCUACACCUUCCACGCCCGCUUCGGGGACGUGCGGCCCUACUUCUACGUGGGGGGCGCGGGCGCGCGGGGCGACAGCCCAGGCCAGCCCGAGGCGCUGCGCAUCUGCCCGUUGCGCAUUGUGGUCAGGGAGCUGCUGGAUAGCUGAGGCCUAGGCGGGCGCUGCCCCUGCCUCUCCCCAGGGCUCCUCUCUGCAGCCUCCUCCCCUGCAGACCCGCCUCCCCCUGCAGACCCGCCUCCCCCUGCAGGCCCGCCUCCUCCUGCAGGCCUCCCUCCUCCUGCAGACCCCCUCCCCCUGCAGGCCCCCACCCCUGCAGGCCCCGCCCCCUGUAGGCCCGCCUCCUGCAGGCCCUCCUGCAGGCCCCCCUCCUCCUGCAGGCCCCGCCCCCUGCAAGUCCGCCUCCCCCUGCAGGCCCACCUCCUCUUGCAGGCCAGCCUCCCCCUGCAGCCCCGCCUUCUGCAGGCCCCCUCCCCCUGCAGGCCCCCCUGCUCUUGCAGUCUCACCUCUGCUCGCAAUCUGACACCACCUGGAGGAACUGUUUCAGUGGUUUUCUUUGGGGGCCAUACCUGGUGAUGCUCAGGGCUUAUUCCUGCCUCUGUGCUCAGGGAUCACUCUUCUUGGUGCUCGGAGAACCAAAUGGGUUGCGGGUGAUUGAACCUAUGUGGGUGGUGUGCAAGGCAAGUGCUCCCACCCCCCCCUCCCGGCUGUACGAGGGCCCCAGCCCCAGUGCUACUGUUCUUUAUGCAGGUUCUAGAACUGCCCUGGCAAACCUGGUGGCCAGGCUGGGGCAGGAGGUUGUGGGCUACUGUCCCAGAGGAAGGGGAGCCCUGGGGACCCUGGGGUGCUGGCUGGCUCGCGGAGGGGCCCUCCUUAAGGGAGGCUGGGCGUUGAGUCUGCAUUUGAAACAGUUGCGGGUGCCGGGUGCCUGCCCCUGCGGUGGGUUGGAAGCCCUGGAAUGGCCACAUUUGGGGGUCUGGGAGUUGGUUGUUUGCACCAGAAUACCUUUGCAGGGUGUAGGGAGGGACUCCGGGAGAGGUGGUCAUCCUGGCACGCCUAUGGUGGGGAGCCCCGCCUCCUGCCCAGCUUGCAGCCUCCCCUGCCCGGUGUCCCCCUGGGAGCGUGUUUGUGACACGCCCUUCGGCCCUCGCCUGUGCCCGCCUCCCGGCGGGACCUUCAAACAACCUGUGCCUCGGCCCGUGGGUGGGUCGGAAGGUGCUGUGCUCGGCCUUAACCUGGGAGGUGCCGACCCUCUGGCGGGGCUGGACUCGGCAGUUAAAGCACUUUGGAGCCAAACACUUUCGGGGCCAGCGUGUCAGUCUGGCCCGUUAAACAAUGUAACGGUCUUUAACCUGAAAUUAUGUUUUUGUUGUUAAAACAUUUGAUGUUUUUAUUUCCAUGUUACAUGUUGGAUUUGUUACUAUUUUUUAAGUGGGUCCGAUGGCCUUAUCCUCUUUUGUAAAACGUGAUUUGAAUAAAGCCCCCUUUCCUGGC